AGCUAUGGCAGAGCCAGAGAACCCAAAUGUGAUGCCAAAUCUCAUAACAUUUCUGGCUUCUCCUCUCCAAAAAGUGGCUGAAUCCAACGAUGUGAACUGUCGGUUUCAGCCUCAGAAAAUUUCUGUGUUUCAUGGCCUAACUCGGCCAACUAUCUCAAUUCAAAACCACCUGGACAGAAUUUAUAAGUAUGCAAAUUGUAGCCCGUCUUGCUUUAUUGUUGCCUACGUUUAUCUUGAUCGAUUUGCUCAAAGGCAACCCUCGUUGCCCAUCAAUUCUUUCAACGUGCAUCGGCUGCUUAUUACAAGUGUCAUGGUUGCUGCAAAGUUCAUGGAUGAUAUGUAUUACAACAAUGCUUACUAUGCAAAAGUAGGAGGAAUCAGCACGACAGAAAUGAACUUCCUUGAAGUGGAUUUUCUAUUUGGGAUGGGUUUCCACUUAAAUGUAACCCCAAAUACCUUUCACACUUACUACUCCUACCUGCAAAGAGAGAUGGUGUUGCAACCCCCACCAAAUAUUGCAGAAUACCCUUUAAGUUUUGAGAGCUCACUAAAAGUCCAUUUGUGUUUCAAUGAAGACGAACCAUCUCAUCAAAAGCAACAACUAGCUGUUUAAGGCCUUUAAUGUUAGUUCUGAAUGUAGUUAGAUACAGAGAUAGUGACUUGUUUAAACAUUUUGGGCUGGCAGAAUUGAACGCUUGACUUGUGCACUAAAAACCCACAUGUUUUCUCUUGGAUCUCAAAUUGAUUAUGUUUGUACAGAUGGUAGUUUCUUCUUUACAGUCUGGCUAUCAAA